UUGGUAUGCUUGGGGACGUUCGGAAAUUUAGUGCUAUUUCAAUAUAAACUCGAUGAGUGAGUACGAAGUGAGGCACGGAUACUUUUUGUAAAAUGAAAAUGAAAUCGAAAAGACAAGGCCAGCAGCGUAUUUCCUCAACCAAUCGAAAUCAAAGCGGCGAUUUGCGCUAGAGUAGCCAACUUUCCCACGGUCAGCGAAGGCCCCAACACCUAUCGCUGCUUUCAGUGUUUUCUCUCGUCUUGUCCUGUCCUCCUCCUCCAUCCAGUCCAAAACGCUUUUGUGUCAGGAUGGUGCUUGUGAUGUCUAAAUGUCCUUUCAUUUCUGGUUAAAGGUGCUCGGCAUUCGGUGGCUUUAAUGUUCCGCGCGGCUAACCGAAAAAGCAUCGGCAAAGCGGGGAACGGCUGGCACUUUCGCCGGACGAUGGACGAGCUGGUCCACGAUCUGGUGUCGGCCCUGGAGGAGAGCUCGGAGCAGGCGGCGCGGGGCGGCUUCGGUGACGGCGCCGACCACGCCCUUACGGUGGGCUGCUUGCUCAAGAGGCAGGCCAGGAAGCGGCGGGGCAGGAAGCGGCGUUCCGACAAUCCGCACCCACCGUGGGAAACGGUCCACUUGAGCGAGGGCUCCGAGUCCAGCGUCGAAGAGCACAAGGACUACCGGGCGGGCACGGGGGGCGCCAACAGCCACGCUCGCGACAACAGCGACUCGGACGAGCAGCUGGGCGCCAAACGCCGCGCCCCGCAGACGUCGGAGGCCGGCAGGAGCAAGCGCCCCCUGUGGCCCGACGACCCGGGUGUCCCGGGCUCGGCCGAGGGCACGCGCAGCCUCCGGCGACGGCGCAAAGUCAAGCGCAUGGCCGUGGACCCCCCCGCCGAGCCGGAGCCCCCCUCCGCCGCCAUGCUCGCCCCUCCCUUCGUGCCCAAGCCGCGCGGCCGGGCGGCCGCGGAGAUCGGCGCCACCGCGGUGGGGAAGAACAGGAUGAAGAAGAGAAAGCUGGGGCCGCGCGGGACCACGCCGGCGGACGCCGCCGCUGACGAAGGGGUGGUGGUGGAGAGCGAGGAGCCCGUGGCGUCUUUGCUGGACGCCGCCGACAAGGACAAGAUGGAGCUGGACCAGCGAAAAGGAUCCGACGAGGAGAUGAGUGACAGGUGCGAAACCAGCAGCGUGAGCAACAGCAGCGACGGAGGCCUCUACACCAACGACGAAGGCAGGCAAGGCGACGACGAGCAGAGCGACUGGUUCUGCGAGGGCGAAGGGGGCUCGGGCGCAUGCGGGGUGGCCGGCGUCAUCCCGUGGUGGGAGAGGGACGCCGGCGCCGAGGAGCUGGAUCUCAACGACCCCGUCUUCAACAAUCUCCUCGCCGGCUCUUUCCCGCUCUUAACCCCGGACGGCAGGAGAGGUUUCCAGGCCCGGCUAAAUCGUCUGCACGGCCGGCCCGGACCCUGCGAAGACGGGACGCGGGGAGGCGACGCUCAAGGAUUCGGCGACGGCCGGCCGUGGUUCAGCUCCAGCUCCAGGAGAGAACAUAGCCAGUUGCACUGGGACGGUCGGACAGAACGAGGCCAUCGUAGGAGCUGCUCGGUCAAAACGGCCAACAGGCAGACCAGCGGCCACCUGGGCUCUUUGUGCAUGGGUGACGUCAAGCGGCGGCGGAAAGCGCCGCCCCUGGGUUCCGCGGCACCCUCAGUGGCGGCCGGCGAGAACGCGCCGCCCAUUCCGGACACCAACGUGGGCAAUCGCAUGCUGCAGAGCAUGGGGUGGACCCCGGGGACGGGCCUGGGUCCCGAGGGGCGCGGCGUCACCGAGCCCGUCCGGGCGCUGCAGAGACCCAAGGGCGCCGGCCUGGGUUUCAACUGAUUUUCCCAUAUUGGGGAGACUGGACCGCAUAAAGAGGACAAGGCCGGCCGGCCGACCGCCGCCGCCGCCGCCGCGCAGGUCAGUGAAAAAAUCUCAAGGAGCGCACGGAAAGAUGUGAAGGAGUCGGCGUCUUCAAGUCGGAAGCGUAUCGCUCCCGCGCCUGACCUAAAAAAGUUUCAUGUCAUGUUCCAAUUUUCCAGUUGAACAUUUAUGUUACGUGUUAUAUUUUCGCAGUUCUGGUUUUUAAAUGGACGGCCUUGAAAUGUGCCACAACCAAUGGUUUUGAUAGUCAAUUGAUCACCGAUUAUGUUUGGGACGAGUCAAAUAACAGCUUUGCGGCGUUAUUUACUGUUGUAUUAAAGAAAUUGGAAUGUGUUUUUUGUUCUUUUAAAGAUUAAAAAUGUAUUUAGUGCUUUUAAAUUGAAAAAAUAAUGUCUUCCCGUUUCAGACUGGGUGUCAUAAUGUCCCCCCUGUAAAAUUGCAAUGUACAAACGGACUUUUGUUCGACGGUCCGCAGUGACGUUUCAAACGUGUUCAUUUACUUUUUGAAUGUGGUUUAAGAACAGGCCAAAAAGCAGCGUUUGGUUAGGGUUUUCCACUAGCUUGUCAACUUCCUACCAGGACAUGUCGUGUAUUGGAUUACAAUAGAAGAGUGACCUUUUUGUAUUUCUUUAGAUGAUUAUUCCCGUUUUGCUUGAAGAGUUCAUCUAGCGUGACUGUUUGUGACCUGUCAUAAGAUGUUCCAUUUUUGCAGGACAGGUCCAAUAAAGUGACUGGACAUCCAGUGCACGGGAGUCUUUAUUGUUCCUCAGGCAAAACAGUGGUACCGUGAAUAAACCCAACCUUUGAUGGUACAUUUGAUAAAAAAUGGAAACGGGAGGAACCGUUUCACUGCGGGGAUGACGCUAACUCCCGGGUCGUGAGCUAUGAAAUCAAAUACUAAACACAAGCAUUUGUUUAUUAACAAUAAAACUUUGUUUUUCCUAGAGCGCUUUACACAAUAAACACAAUAGCUCAACAACAAUAACAAAACAGGGCUCCUUUGCCGGGCUGAGGGAGGAGGGAACUAACCAACGUUCGUUCGCUGCCGCCCUCCGACUUCAAGCACCGCGGUGAACUGAGCCGCGUUUUGUCCAAGCCAGCCGCACUUUGUUUUCUUUUGCGUUUCCCUUUCGGGUAUUACCGCACCGUGAUAGACGGCGUAGGUGUGGUGCAUUUAGUCUAUAUACAACAACAACAUGCCUGUGACGUCAUGUGCUAGAAUGGCCUGGUGGUGAAGUUAUUCGUGGCUUAUACGUGACAACGCGGGUUCGUAUCCCGCUUAAGAACUGUGUUUCUUUGUAUUUUUCUAUGGCUGCCUGACUAAUUAAAAACUGUUAAAAUAAAAAAAUUUAAAUCAA